AUGGCGCGGAGAGGGGGCCCCGGGCGCGUCUUCCUCCUCGCGCUGGUGCUUCUGCUCACCCUGCAGACCCCGGCGUCGGCCGCCAAGAAGCCCUGCGUGAUCUUGUUCCAGGACUUCCCGGCCAACCCUUUUGCUCUGCUCUCAACCAUCACCAGCGGCUUCAGUAUCCUCUACGAGUUCAGUGUCAUCCGCGGCCUCGCGCUGCAGAUCGACGAUGGAUUCCCGACGCUCCUCCAAAAGCUCCCCGGAGUGUUGAGGGUGAGCCCAGGCACCCUGCUCCGGCUCCGGACCACGCGCUCGUGGGACUUCCUCGGCCUCGCGGAGAACGGACGGGAAACCCCCGCUUGGUCGUCCGCAAACCUGGGUGCGGACACAAUCAUCGGCAACAUCGACACAGGCGUAUGGCCGGAAUCCCAGAGCUUCCAAGACGAUGGUUUUGGCGUCCCCAAGGGUUGGCGCGGCGUCUGCGACAGAGGCUGCGACCCGACCUUCCGCUGCAACAACAAGCUGAUCGGCGCGAGGUUCUUCAGCGCGGGUCUCCAGGCGGAGCUCUGGCUGGCCGGCGACCGGGGCAAGCUCCCGAGCCAGGAGGACCUGUCCUCGCCGCGGGACUACGUGGGGCACGGCUCGCACACGCUGUCCACCGCGGGCGGCUCCCACGUCCGGGGCGCCGGCGCCUUCGGCCACGGGACGGGCACGGCCGCGGGGGGCGCGCCGCGGGCGCGCGUGGCCGCGUACAAGGCGUGCUACGCGGCCGGCUGCUCCGACGUCGACGUCCUCGCGGCCGUCCUCGCGGCCGUCCUCGCGGCGGUGGCGGACGGCGUGCACGUGCUCUCCCUCUCCCUCGGCUCCGACGAGGCCUCCGACUACCUCUCGGACCCGAUCGCCAUCGGCACCUUCUUCGCGGUCCAGAGCGGGGUCGCCGUCGUGUGCUCCGCCGGCAACUGGGGCCCGCAGCCGGGAACGGUCACCAAUGUGGCCCCGUGGAUGUUCACGGUCGGCGCGAGCACCAUGGACAGGGACUUCCCGGCGUACGUCACCUUCGGCGGCAGCCUCACCAUCGAGGGGCAAAGUCUCGGGGCCAGUACUCUGCCCCUGGGCCAGGCGUAUCCGAUAGUCAGCGGGGAGAAUGCCAACGCCGCAAACCAGCCUGCCAGCAACUCGUCCUUGUGCUUGGCUGGCUCCCUGGACCCUGCCAAGGUGGCCGGCAAGAUCGUCGUCUGCGUCAGAGGCGAGAACAGCAGAGUCGAGAAGGGGCACGUGGUCAAGCAGGCGGACGGCGCUGGCAUGGUCCUCUGCAACGACGCCACCUCCGGGGACUCCGUCGUCGCGGACCCGCACCUCGUCGCGGCGGCGCACUGCUCCUACUCGCAGUGCGUCCGGCUCUUCGACUACCUCCGCUCUACCGAAAAUCCGUCGGGCUACAUCAAUGCGACGGACGCGAGUUUCGGCGUCAAGCCUGCGCCGGCGAUGGCGGACUUCUCGUCCCGAGGGCCGAACCCCGUGGCCCCUCAGAUCCUCAAGCCCGACAUCACCGCGCCAGGCGUCGGCGUGAUCGCGGCGUACAGCGGCGCGGUCUCGCCGACGGAGCUGCCGUUCGAUGACCGGCGCGGCGUCCCCUACAACAUAAUGUCCGGCACCUCCAUCUCGUGCCCCCACGUCGCCGGCGUCGCCGGCCUGCUCAGGACCAAGUACCCCUCCUGGAGCCCCGCCGUGAUCAAGUCGGCGAUCAUGACCACCGCGACCACCGUGGCCAACGACGGCAACCAGAUCCAGGACGAGACCGGCGCGGCAGCCACGCCGUUCAGCUACGGCUCCGGCCACGUGAAGCCGGUGGCCGCCCUGGACCCCGGCCUGGUGUACGACACCACCCUGGCCGACUACACAAACUUCCUCUGCUCGCUGAAGCUCACACACAACCCGGUCCAGGACCUCCAGGGCAGCCUUCCGGUCGGGCUCCCGAACCUCCACGUCAACCUCUCGGUCCUGGGCGGCCUCCUGCUCCCGCUGUUCAACGCCGCCGGCGAGCGGUGCGCGUGCAGCCGGGGCCCGUACGGCCGCCCCGAGGACAUGAACUACCCGUCCAUCGCCGUGUCUUGCCUGUCCGGCAGCGCCACGGUGAGGCGCCGGGUGAGGAACGUCGGCGCGCCCGGCGAGUACAGGGUCGCGGUGGUCGAGCCGGCGGGGGUCAGGGUGACGGUGGCGCCGGACGUGCUCGGCUUCGGGGUCGGCGAGGAGAAGGAGUUCACGGUGAAGCUGGAGGUCGUCGACGCGGAGGCGGCUAGCAACUACGCGUUCGGCAGUCUCGUGUGGUCGGACGAGAACGGGUCGGACGCGUACGGCUCGGGCGUCAGCAAGGCGCAUCGCGUACGGAGCCCCAUCGUGGUUAGGACAAAGUGUGGAUAGCAGAGUAUCAGAGUACGCGAACAGUGGCAAUGUACUUAGAGAUACUACUUUUCAAUUAUUCAGCCCGCAGAAUCUCAGAUACCGCUUCGUAUAUGCAUCUUUCCCUUUCUCCU